GUACCUAAACUGCAAAAGUUUAGCAUCCAAUUACGUGCUUAACUCACACUUUGCGUACACCUGUUAUUGUUCUAUCUCGUCUUAAGGGGAGACUAGGUAAAGCUCUCGGAUAAGUGCACAUCUUUUGUGCGUGCAUACUUGGUGCUGACCUCGCAAGUCGCAACCGAGCUAUGCAAACUCUUCCCGCCAUUUUUCGCGUGAUGUAAGAUACCUUUCCCAAAUUAUUGUUACAUGUGAGAGAAAACCUUCGUUUCUCAUUAUGAAGAUGAGUCUUUCCAUACCUAAAACCACAAGAUUCUGCUGGUCGAUUUUGGGUCAUGUAACAUAUCAAAACUUAGAAAAGUCCCCUCAAUACAGAACGAUUUCAUAUUCCAAUGUAAAUAUGUGUACCAAGAUGAUCAAUAAUCAUACAAAAAAUGGUAGGUUGAAAGAUGCACUCAACCUGUUCUAUCAAAUGCCUGUGAGAGAUACAAUUGCUUGGAAUUCAAUUCUAAAAGGGUGUUUGGACUGUGAGAAUUUGACCAUUGCUCAAAAGCUUUUCGACAAAAUGCCUGAGAGAAAUGUUGUUUCUUGGACGACGAUGAUAAAUGGGUAUAUGCAAUUUGGGAAGGUAGAUGUAGCAGAAGGAUUGUUCAAUGAAAUGUCUUUUAGGGAUGUUGCUGUUUGGAAUUCUAUGAUUUAUGGGUAUUUUACUAAUGGUAGAGUUUGGGAGGCUGUUAAGGUGUUUGAAAAGAUGCCCUGUAGGAAUAUAAUUUCAUGGACUUCGAUGAUUAGCGGGCUUGAUCAAAAUGGAAGAAGUGUUGAUGCUUUGAGAAUAUUUAAGAAGAUGGUUGGUUAUGGCAUUGAGCCCACAGCAAGUACAUUUCCUUGUCUGAUAACAGCUUGUGCCAAUUCAAUGGCUAUUGAGCUUGGUACCCAAAUUCAUGCUCGCAUCGUGAAGCUGGGGUGUAUCAUUGAAGAGUUUAUAGCUUCUUCUUUUAUAACAUUCUACGCGAAUUGUAAGCAACCUGAAUAUGCUAGCAAGAUUUUUAGGGAAAAUGUGCAUGAUAGUGUAGUUGUGUGGACUUCCCUUUUAACAGGAUAUAGUUUGAACUCCAAGCAUGAUGAGGCAUUGACAGUGUUCAGUGACAUGAUCAAAAUGGGUGUUCUCCCUAAUGAGUCAUCUUUCACUAGUGUAUUGAAUUCCUGCUGUGCACUCAUGUCUCUUGGUAGAGGACAAGUUAUCCAUGCAGAAGCAGUUAAGCUGGGACUUGAGACUUCAACAUUUGUGGGAAAUUCACUCGUCACCUUGUAUUCUAAAGGUGGGAGCAUUCUCAAUGCAUUAAAAGCUUUUGAUAGUAUAAAAGUGAAAAAUCUUGUCUCCUGGAACUCAAUUAUCGCUGGGAGUGCACAGCACGGUUAUGCUAUUUGGGUAUUUACUUUGUUUGCACAGAUUCUGCGUGCUGGGGUAGAACCUGAUGAAAUCACUUUCACAGGGUUGCUUUAUGCUGCUAGCCAUUCUGGAAUGACCCUGAAAGGAAGGCACUUUUUCCAGUUUUUCAGCAAGUAUACUCCCAUAAAGAUGAAUGAUCAGCAUUAUGCUUGCAUGGUCGAUAUCAUGUGCCGAUGCGGAGAAUUAGAUGAAGCAGAGGACUUUAUCAAGAGUAUGCCGAUGAAAGCAAACUCUGUGGUGAUGUUAAAUCUCCUGAGUACAUGUCGGACACACUCUAAUAUUGAGAUAGCUGAAAGAGUGUCAAAGAACAUACUUGAUGUAGACCCACAUUGCAGUGCGGCUUACACUCUAUUAUCUAAUCUUUAUGCUUCAGCUGGAAGAUGGAGCGAUGUGUCAAGAGUAAGAUCGCAGAUGAAAAGGAGAAAAAUUGAAAAACAAGAAGCAUAUAGCUGGCUCAAUCAACAAGGAGAAAGGUCUAAUCUUAUCUGGGAACAGAUCCCACUGGAGACUCCACAAAUAGGAUUACAGCUCUGAUUAGAUGCUUUUCUUGCAUAAGAUGAAGGAAUUUAGGAAUUUACCCAAACAAGAGAAUAGAAAUGGGGAAUUCUAAGUUCCUCACACUGAAUAGUUUACUGAGAGAAUAUAGAAGAGAAAGAUAAAGAGAGAGAUAGAGAGAGGGAUAUUUUGUACUAAUUUCUGAAUACACAGUACAAUGGACCAACAAGAUCUUAAAUAGAGGUAGCUCUGCCAAUCCCUGAUCAUUUCUGACAUUCUCCCUUGAUUUUCUCUAACAGAUUUCUAUAUUGCAGAAAACGACAAAAACUAACUUUAACAAACCUUCCCACCAAUGGUAAUAAUCAACGGAAUAUAAGGCAUCAAAAGAUGACUCGGCUAAUAAACUGUAACAAUUUAUCAUUGUUUUCCGUAAAGUCUGAGGUCUUAUUGAAAUUGUUUACAAGUUUUAUAAAGGGUGAAUUAGCACAUGCGACUAGCCGAGUGGUGAAUCAGCCACCUGUGAGCGCAUUAUGCUAUAUGGGCAUCUUCUAUGUUCAACCUGAUCGAUCUAGAUCCGAGAUUCACUACCCAAAUAGAACAUGCGAAAGCUUUGCUAGAGUCAGAAGCUCCUCAAGACAUGUCUCAGAUACCUGAAAAUCCAUUUGAUAACCUCCAGAUGUGUCAAUCAGGAAAAUUUUCUAAGGUGCAUAAAGCAUUGUAGCUGAUUUGGAACACUUCAGGAUGUAGCAGGGGAUGGAACAAGCACAGUGAGACUACUUCAUCCACAUGUCCACAAGUUAAGAAGCUCUCCUCUUGUGGACUUCAUAGAUGAAGUUGCUGCUGAACAUGCACGAUGCCAAAUAGAUAGGUAGGUAUUUCAGAUUUCUAAUGAUUUUAUCCUUAAUAGUGUUUCAAUUGUCAGUUCUAGUUGUAUCAGUACAUAAUCUCUUAAAUCAGUUCUCUAUAUUGAGGAGCUGACUAGCCGAGUGGUGGAUCGUGGGUUAGGUUGUGAUUUCUGGGCUAAAUGUUGGCCGUGGAAAAAUCAAUUAUGCUUCCAAAGGACAACAAAUAUCGCAGAGGUGAAUGAGAGAAGAAAUCUUAAAUCUGAAUAAGGAUAACUGUCGAGAUGGGCCAGAAAAUUCAAAGUCAGUCAGCCUGCUUGCUGCUGAAAGUCUGAACCUAUUGCUAAAAAGCUCGGAGUCAACUAUCCAUUUACUGCUGCUUUAGAGUAUGUCAUUGUCAUCUGCUUCUUGCUAGACUCAUUAAUUGCUUAUGCUCUCAAGAAUCUGUAUGAAAACAUGAAUGGGGGAGUAUCCACUAUGUUUCUCUGGUGUAUUCUUUCUGAAGGACAUCAAUCA